AUGGCUGCUCCAACCUUAAUCAAUAUGCCUGAGCCGCCGUCGAACCCAGAAACACCAACAGAAAUGCCUGGUACCCCAAACUCAACGACAACUUCCCUCUCCGCCCUUUCAACCACCGCAAUCAAAGACGGACACCGAGGUACCUCGUUCCCGCAUCCGGGACUCGGCCACAGACAGCAACCUUCCUCCAACACCCUCGAAGCCGAGCGCGCAGACCGCAUCUCGCGUCUAGCAGGCCUUGAACGUGUUUCCACCGCGCGCCCUGGCAAUCCGAACCUUGCAAAUGCCGCUGCAGGUACUUCUGCGACCGCGGGUCAGAUUCCAGGUUACUUUGAUCCAAAUGGAAAUCCCGUGUACACGACCAAGAUGAGCACUGUGGGUAGUGCGUCAGCGACUGGCAGUAUCGGAGGAAGAACUACAACUUGGGCAAGUGGCAGCGCGAAGGCUAGUAGAGAUGGGGAUGAUGAUGAGAUGAGUGUGGAUAACAUGGAGGCUGACCGUUUUUCGGCGUCUGCAAUGGAUGAGGACAUGGAUCAGGAUGGUAUGAGCGACAAUACCUCUCUUGUUGGCUUUGGUGAGGGUGCUGGUAGUACUGUCAGUGGUCCUACUUAUAACCGAAGAGAUAUUGCUAGUCCAGGAAUGGGUAAAAGUGCGUUGGCUAUGCAGUUACAGAGUGGAAGUGGUACGCCGGGAAGCUCAUCUAGGGACGCAAGAAUGAUGGAUGGUACUGGCGAUGAUGGUCCCGGUUCGAGUUUUGUUGAUACUACCACAAGGGACGCAAGAGGUGGACCUGCAAGAAAUCCCGGUGUCGAGGCUGCGGAAAGGAUUCUACGGGACAGGCUAGAUGAGGGAGAGGGAAAGAAGCCACUUGGAAGUCCGGAUGAGGCUGGGUUAGGAAAGUUCUAUUUUGAGGAGAAAAAGUAG